AUGUUUUCCUCCCUGUUCCGGCCGAAGCGGAGGCAGAGACGAGGGAUAUUCUCGCCGCCUAGGUCUGUUGAACAAGCAGAGAGAAACGUUCGUGACUCUGAGGCCGACGUGCACUCGCGGUCAGAGUUUGUAUCCGAGGGAGAUAUCGAGGAAUAUGACGUUGAUGAUGACGGAGAGGAGGAGGAGUAUGAAGAUGUCCAUGAGAGCGAAUACCAAGCUCCCCUAUUACCUAUGUUUUCUGCUCCCCAUCUUGCUUCUCGUUGCGAGACUACAUUAACAUGGGAGCAGCUUCGAUCUCCUCAAGUAUCGCAGUUUCUGCUGAAACCCAUACAGCAGAUCAUCCAUACGAGACAUCUAUCUAAAGCCACCCUUUAUGCUCUGAUGGUCAAUUGCCUCCAGUUCGACAAGGAGGCCACAUCUAACCCAGGAAUCAGUGGUGCCAGCCGGACAAGGGUGAUGGUUUGUGAAUUGCUGGCCAUCAAACUGCUGAAAGAGUACUCUAUGCGAAGCUUGAUAGAUGCCUUGUCCUAUGAUUUCCACCCCUUACAAGGGCAGGUUACUAAACCAUCUACGGGAACUUCGAAUGGCCCAUCAUGGGAUAAUAACCAGCGAUCCCGCAAUCUUCUAAAGGAUGUCCGGAUAUCAUGUCUAGAAAUUGCUAUCAGAGCUCAGGCGAAACGGUUCUUAGCGCAUCCGCUUGUGGUCCAGCAACUGGAGGCACUAUGGGCUGGUACCAUUGUCUUCUACUCUGCAGCAGAUAGCUUGCAUCGACAGCCUGCUUGGGAUACUCCUUCUCAACGCCAGGGUUAUGGCUCUAUCAAUGUGUCCGAACCCAGGCCUAACGCAAAGGACACGCCCGGCGCGUCAAAUAAAGCCGUUUCCCGCCGUACUGUGGCUCUUUACAACCCGCGGGAUGCGUCUCUAUUCAAGCUAUCCAGGCUACGUGUUCCCAGAUACCGCCAGCUGCUAUCCACGCUCUCCUAUGCGAUCUUACUAUGUCUGUUUCUUACCUUGCUUCAAAAGCGGCCGUUAGACCUUACUGGCUUGGAGAUGGUGUUUUGGUUUUGGAGUGCCGGGUUCAUGUUGGACGAGAUCGUUGGCUUCAAUGAGCAGGGUUUCAGCCUUUACUUGAUGAGCUUUUGGAACAUGUUUGACGUCGGAAUUCUGCUCUUGCUUCUUGUCUAUUAUGUCUUGCGGCUGUAUGGCGCAGUUAUGCCUCGAGACCAGAAGAUUUAUGCCGCGGGCCUGGCGUAUGAUACGCUGGCUGCGAAUGCGGUACUUCUCCUUCCACGCCUUUUCUCGGUUCUUGAUCAUUACCGAUAUUUCUCCCAGCUUUUAAUCGCGUUUCGCAUGAUGGCGGCCGACCUAAUAGCAGUACUCAUUCUAAUCAUCAUCGCCUGUAGCGGGUUUUUUGUGGCUUUCACCUUUUCCUUUGGAGACACGAACGCCUCCCCUAGCUCAGUUGCUUAUGCUCUGUUCCAAAUGGUCAUGGGGUUUACUCCCGCAGCCUGGACGCUUUGGGAUAGGUAUAACCUCCUUGGGAAAAUCAUAUUGACCCUCUUUCUAUUCAUAUGCCAUUUCCUCGUCGUCACGAUUCUUAUCACCGUUCUCACCAAUUCGUUCAUGGCGAUUGUUCAGAAUGCGCACGAGGAGCACCAAUUCUUAUUUGCCGUGAAUACUAUCUCCAUGGUGAAAUCGGAUGCCCUAUUCUCGUAUGUGGCGCCGACUAACGUCCUAGCUUGGGCAAUCGCCCCGUUGAGAUUCGUUAUGCCAUUCCGGAGCUUCUUGAAACUCAACCGCACUGUGAUAAAAAUCACACAUUUCCCUAUUCUGUUCAGCAUAUACCUCUAUGAACGCACGAUACUGCGAUCUGCCGCCUUUGAGCCAACAGACCUUGUUAGGGGUCGAUUCAACCCUUUUAAGCCGGUUACAGAUCAAGAACGGUCUUUUGAGCCUUUCACUCCAAGGAAUAAGUUCCGUGUACGGGAGCCAUCGGUCGCUACCCAUCAAAAGGACAAGGCCCUCGACCAAGUCUUCAGCCGACUUCAUGAUGGCUCUACGAAUCAAGGAGGCCAGCGAACUAGAGUCCGACAGCGGUUAUCGACGACCAACGUAAGUAACUGGAUGCAAAAUAUUGGGGACGGGAGCUCGAGGGCGCCACCCGAAGUCCAAGAUCGGAAAGUUGUUGAAGACUUGGAGGCUAGACGGCUUUGGGCUGGUAGAUCACAGCGACGACAGAGAAAUCGGGGAUUAAGUGGGCGUGAUUUCACAGACACGACUCGAUCCUUUGCUUCGGAUCCGGAAGACUUCAUGAGCGUUGCAUUCGACAUGACGGAUGUCAACAGAACACCUAAACCACACCUCUAUCCUCAACAAGUCGUAAACCCGUCCACGCAGACAGAUGUCGAAGUUCAAGGUGACGAUGAACUGAGUAGUGACGAGAAUGCUGGAGGUGACUCGAGCCGAGAUGGGGAUUCACCCGAACUCAAAAAGACCCAGGAGGUUAUCUUUGCUACGGACAACCAACUUGCAAGCUCAGUAGGGUCUCCGCCGGUCCUUUCCAGACCAUCGACUGCCCGACGAUUUUCGCGGAAGAAUAGCCCUACUCGCGCUCCAAGAACACCACGGCGCCACCACUCAAGAAACCCUUCCGCCGCAACAAUACUCUAUAACCCGGCACCUCCAGAAGCUACCCAAAUCACGGCUACCGGGAAAGCCCCAUCUUCUCCCAGACAUGGCAAGACAAAGUCUGGAACAGCAACCCCUAUUCGGCGCCGGCCACCGCCCAGUAACUUGAGAGGGGCACCACAGGCAGUUGGCACACGACCACGCCCGAUCCCUCAAUCUAUCACAGCGGCUCUCUCUGUCCCUGAUAAUGGCGUGCAUUGGUCACUGAAUAAUUUACCAAGUCAACAACGUCGUCCGCUAUCGCUGACCAUGGGCCUGGGCUCAGAUAUCGGCGACAACGAGGCCCUAGGUGGCGGGUUUGUCGGUGGUGUUCCUGGAAGCUUCACAACGCAGAUGGCGUACGCCAUGGGAGGGAUUCAACAGGACCGAGGGAAUGACAAUCGAGACAUGCUUAGCCGACUGGUACUGGCCCGGAUGAAGACUCUGGAGGAGAGUUUCAGAGACGUCCUAAAGGAAGUCAAAGACCUUCGCCACGCGCCUGGAAGAAGGGAGAGAGUACGCCCAAUCACCGCUCGUAGGCCCACGAACUCUACCGGCAGCCCCAAACAGAGUGUAGACACUCAAGGCUCAGGAGAAACUCCUCGUAAGAGCAGCGAAAAGAGGCUGCAGCCAGCAUUCGAGCCAGAGAAUGAGCCGCUGAGCGAGGAGUCCUCGCCGGACUUUCGGGCGAGCUCCGUGUGA